AUGGUAACAUGGCCUGUUUCUGCGGAGCAGUUUUAUAAUGAAAACUUGGUGACUCAGAUUUUAUUUGUUGGAGCAAGGGUUCCUGUGCAAAAGCGAGCUGCAGUGGUUGGUGAUAGUGUGAAGAAAGAAGCCACAGAGAAGGCAGUGACUCGUAUUAUGGAAGGUAAAGAAGCAGAGGAAAUGAGAAGCUGGGCAAGGAAGCUAGGAGAAAUGGCAACGAGAGCUGUUGAAGAAGCAGCGAAAAGAAUUGCUUUCUUUAACAGAAAUAUGGAGUCGAGUAAAGCUUUCACUGCCCUGAUGUCCAUGGAAGUGAAGAUCCCACAAUCAAUGCCACAUGGUCAUCUUCAUAAAUAG